AGGCUUCCCGGGGACGCUUCCGGGUGGGUGUCCGGUAGCGGCGGGUUCCCGGCGCGGGGUGAGGGGGAGUGGAGGAGUCGCUGGGGCAGCCCGGGGCGGCGGGAGGCUCCGGGGGCGGCAUGAAGGGAGGCACCGCCGCAGAUUGCUGGAGGUCUGAUCUGUGCAGCACCAUGGACUCAUCAGAAGAGACCGGAGGCUCCUCUGCAGAAGAAAACUACUUUGUGAACUACACCUUCACCGACCGCUCCCACUCAGGCCGUGUGGCCCAGGGCAUCAUGAAACUGUGCUUGGAGGAUGAGCUCUUUGCUGAUGUUACAAUAUCGGUGGAAGGCAAAGAAUUCCAGCUGCACCGUUUGGUCCUCUCAGCUCAGAGCUGUUUUUUUCGUUCCAUGUUCACUUCCAACCUAAAGGAGGCCCACAACAGGGUCAUUGUGCUACAGGACGUUAGCGAGAGUGUCUUUCAGCUCCUUGUGGACUACAUCUACCACGGGACUGUAAAGCUGAGAGCAGAGGAGUUACAGGAAACCUAUGAAGUGGCAGACAUGUACCAGCUGACUGCCCUUUUUGAAGAGUGCUCACGUUUUCUGGCCCGGACGGUGCAGGUUAGGAACUGUCUGCAGGUGAUGUGGUUGGCAGAUCAACACAGUGAUGUGGAGCUCUACACAGCUGCCAAGCACUGUGCAAAGUCACAUUUGUCUCAGCUGCAAGACACAGAGGAGUUCCUACACCUGCCUGUCCGCCUGCUGACAGACAUCCUGACAGAUGGCGUUCCCUGUUCUCAGAAUCCAACAGUUGCCAUAGAAACCUGGAUCAACUUCAACAAGGAGGAGCGAGCGGGCUUUUCAGAGACCCUGCGAUCGAGUCUGAAGGUGAUCGGAGAAAACGUUCACAUCUACCUGAUUGGGAAGGAGUCGUCGCGUACGCACUCACUCGCCGUCUCCCUGCACUGUGCUGACGAUGACUCCAUCAGUGUCAGUGGCCAGAACAGUCUGUGCCACCAGAUCACUGCAGCCUGCAAGCACGGCAGUGACCUCUAUGUCGUCGGGGGCUCCAUCCCCCGGCGCAUGUGGAAAUGCAACAAUGCAACCAUAGACUGGGAAUGGUGUGCCCCCCUGCCCCGAGACCGGCUCCAGCACACCCUGGUCUCCGUGCCCAGCAAGGAUGCAAUAUAUUCCCUAGGGGGAAAAACUCUGCAGGACACCCUCUCUAAUGCUGUCAUAUAUUACAGGGUACGAGAUAACGUCUGGACGGAGACCAGUCAGUUGGAAGUGGCGGUGUCUGGAGCUGCAGGUGUAAACCUAAACGGUGUCAUUUACCUCCUGGGGGGGGAGGAAAACGAUUUGGACUUUUUCACCAAGCCCUCUCGGCUGAUCCAGUGCUACGACACCAACACGGAGAAGUGCCACGUGAAGCCCUACGUGCUGCCCUUUGCCGGGAGGAUGCAUGCUGCCGUACACAAGGAUGUGGUGUUCAUUGUGGCCGAGGGGGACUCCCUGCUUUGUUACAACCCCCUGCUGGAUAGCUUCACCCGGCUGUGCCUGCCAGAUGCCUGGAGCUCAGUUCCAUCCCUCUGGAAGAUUGCCAGCUGCAAUGGCAGCAUCUAUGUUUUCCGUGACCGCUACAAAAAGGGCGAUGCGAAUACUUUUAAACUUAACCCAGCCACUUCCGUUGUGACAGUCACAAGUGGCAUCAAAGUGCUGCUCACCAACCUGCAGUUUGUCCUGGCCUGAGCAGGAAAAAUGGGCCCAGCUGCAGCAGUUCCGCUGUGUAGCUGAGGCACCCACCACUCCCAGUUACUCUGAGCUCACAGCACCCAGUGAAGACCCCAUCCUCUCUGCCCCUGUGCAGAGGAAGUGCAGACUUCCUGGCUGCAGGCUGGUACUUUUACACAGCACUACUAAAGUUGAACUGAAGCAUCUUAGAUUUCAGAGGGACUAAAUGCUAUUAACUUUGAUCCCUUGAUGAUAAGCUGCUUGUGUCUGAGGCCCAAACUGCAGCAAAUGGCUUUUUUAGCUGGAAAACAAUCUGCCAAUGAUAAAUCCUAUAGCAUAUGUACAAUGUCCUUGGCCCAGACUGCUAGUUUUACUGCCUGGUAGACUGUGUUGCUAAGGUUUCAGUCACAGUUAGACAUGUACUACGUCCUCCAGGGCACAAUGGAGACAUUUAAAUAUUCCUGUGUCCCUGUUGUAGGAGGAGGGUCUGGCAGAAAUAUUUACAGCAGACAGAUUCCAGAGCUGACCCCGAGACAUUUAGUAGGUUGUCUCAUUCAGCACUUCUAGAGGAGUGGUAAUGAACUGGGAAAUUGCUUACUGCUCUGUCAUCACAGCAUAAAGAAGGAGAUCCUUUUUAUAAGCAUUGGCUUUCUUUACUGUAUAGAGAAUCCCCACCUGUCAUCAUAACAUAGUGUUGGUGAGACAGAAUUAAGAUCACGUUCUCCUACACCUCUCUGUUGGCACUGUAACCCUUUGGGUAAGAAUCUGAAUAAAGUCUCUGCUGAGACAAAGUUGUUUUUUUUUUUUUUCCCUUUACUGCAAGUAUUAUAGAACUUUGGGUGGAUUGCAGUGUGGCACAGCACUGAUUCCUGGUGUGGGAGAGAAGAGCUGGAGGGCUCCCAGUUGAACUAAGAUAUUCACCAUAAGAAAAAAAGCUUUAAUGAAACAGCCCAACCUCACCUUUACUGUAAUUGGCGUAAA